GACCCAAAAAAAGCCCCCAGUAUGUUCUGUUCUGCACGUGGGGGUGGAAGGUAUCAGCUGUGGUCCAUGAGUGCUGUCCUUCACUUCACAAGCCGCCAUCGUCUGGACGUCAAGCAUGGGCAGAGGGUGGGGAGGCAGCCAUGAAGGGAAGAAGAAGAGGAAGGAGAGGAACUUGGAGGAGCUGAAGAAGGAGGUGUCCUUGGAUGACCACAGGCUAUCUUUGGAAGAGUUGGGGAAACGCUAUGGAGUGGACCUCGCACGGGGCCUUACCAGUGCCCGAGCUGCGGAGAUGCUGGCCAAAGACGGCCUGAAUGCACUCACACCGCCCCCCACCACGCCGGAAUGGGUCAAGUUCUGCCGGCAGCUUUUUGGUGGCUUCUCCAUUUUGCUGUGGAUCGGAGCCAUCCUCUGCUUCCUGGCCUACAGUAUUCAGGUGGCCACAGAAGAUGACCCGCUCAACGACAAUCUGUACCUAGGCGUGGUGCUGGCCGCCGUGGUGAUCAUUACUGGUUGUUUCUCCUAUUUCCAAGAAGCUAAGAGCUCUCGAAUCAUGGACUCCUUUAAGAAAAUGGUCCCACAGCAAGCCAUGGUGAUCCGUGACGGGGAAAAGCUGCAGAUAAAUGCAGAAGUUGUGGUUCUUGGAGAUCUGGUGGAGGUCAAAGGAGGAGAUCGGAUUCCAGCUGACCUCCGUGUAAUCUCCUCUAAUGGAUGUAAGGUGGACAAUUCAUCUCUUACGGGAGAAUCUGAGCCUCAGACUCGAUCACCGGAGUUUAACCAUGACAAUCCUCUGGAGACCCGCAACAUCUGUUUCUAUUCCACCAACUGUGUUGAAGGUACGGCUCGUGGAAUCGUUAUAGCAACCGGUGACCGAACCGUGAUGGGCCGCAUUGCCACUCUGGCGUCUGAGCUGGAAGUCCGCCGGACACCCAUCAACAUAGAGAUUGAACACUUCAUCCGUCUCAUCACUGGAGUGGCAGUUUUCCUGGGUUUGAGCUUCUUCAUCCUUUCUCUUAUCCUGGGCUACACCUGGCUGGAAGCUGUCAUCUUCCUCAUUGGCAUCAUUGUGGCCAACGUGCCUGAAGGGCUGCUGGCAACCGUCACCGUGUGCCUGACGCUCACUGCCAAACGAAUGGCUAAGAAAAACUGCCUGGUUAAGAACUUGGAGGCCGUGGAGACUCUCGGCUCCACCUCCACCAUCUGCUCUGACAAGACAGGGACGCUGACCCAGAACCGCAUGACCGUGGCCCACAUGUGGUUUGACAAUCAGAUCCACGAGGCAGACACCACUGAGGACCAGAGAGGUUGUGGUUUUGACAAGAGCUCUGGAACUUGGCCGGCUCUGUCUAGAGUGGCUGGGCUGUGUAACAGAGCCGACUUCAAAGCUGGACAGGAGCACCUCCCCAUGAUGAUGAGGGACACCGUGGGGGACGCCUCAGAGUCGGCUCUGCUGAAAUGCAUUGAGGUGUGCUGUGGCAGCGUUCAUGACAUGAGAGCCAGUAAUCCUAAAGUGGCAGAGAUCCCCUUCAACUCCACCAACAAGUAUCAGCUCUCCAUCCAUGAAGUGGAGGACAAUCCCUCUGGUCAUAUUCUGGUCAUGAAGGGAGCGCCAGAAAGAAUCCUGGACAGGUGCAGCACCAUAAUGAUUCAUGGCCAGGAGGAACCUCUUGAUGAAAACUGGAGAGAGGCUUUCCAAAAUGCCUACAUGGAGCUAGGCGGACUGGGAGAAAGAGUGCUUGGAUUCUGCCACUUGAAUCUCUCUUCCUCUCAGUUUCCUCGAGGAUUUGAGUUUGACUGCAAUGACACGAACUUCCCCACCGAGCAGCUCUGCUUUCUGGGCCUCAUCUCCAUGAUUGAUCCGCCGCGUGCCGCUGUGCCUGAUGCUGUGGGUAAAUGCCGCUCUGCUGGCAUCAAGGUGAUUAUGGUAACCGGGGACCACCCAAUCACAGCCAAGGCCAUUGCUAAAGGUGUGGGCAUCAUCUCUGAAGGCAACGAGACGGUUGAGGACAUUGCAGAGAGACUGAUCAUCCCUCUGAGCCAAGUAAACCCCAGGGAUGCAAAGGCUUGUGUGGUGCACGGCUACGACUUGAAGGACAUGAGUCCCGAAUACUUGGAUGACCUGCUGAGGAACCACACUGAGAUCGUUUUUGCUCGCACAUCUCCCCAGCAGAAGCUCAUCAUCGUGGAGGGCUGUCAGAGACAGGGGGCCAUCGUGGCUGUGACAGGUGACGGAGUGAACGACUCUCCAGCUUUGAAGAAAGCCGACAUCGGCGUUGCCAUGGGGAUCACCGGUUCAGAUGUAUCCAAGCAGGCAGCUGACAUGAUCCUACUGGAUGACAACUUUGCCUCAAUUGUCACCGGAGUGGAAGAGGGUCGUCUCAUUUUUGACAACUUGAAGAAGUCCAUCGCCUACACGUUAACCAGCAACAUCCCAGAGAUCUCCCCUUUUCUCUUCUUCAUCCUCGCCAGCGUUCCUCUUCCUCUGGGAACCGUCACCAUCCUCUGCAUUGACCUGGGCACGGACAUGGUUCCAGCAAUCUCUCUGGCUUAUGAGACGGCGGAGAGCGACAUCAUGAAGCGGCAGCCCAGAAACCCCAAAACGGACAAGCUGGUCAACGAACGGCUCAUCAGCAUGGCAUACGGGCAGAUAGGAAUGAUGCAGGCAGUGGCUGGUUUUUUCACCUACUUUGUGAUUCUGGCUGAAAACGGUUUCCUCCCUUCACACCUGGUGGGCAUCCGCAUUCCCUGGGACGACCGUGAGACCAACGACCUGGAGGACAGCUAUGGCCAGCAGUGGACCUACGAGCAGAGGAAGAUUGUGGAGUUCACCUGCCACACAGCCUUUUUCACCAGCAUUGUGAUCGUUCAGUGGGCGGAUCUUAUCAUCUGCAAGACCAGGAGGAACUCUCUCUUUCAACAAGGCAUGAAGAACCGGGUCCUGAUCUUCGGUUUGUUUGUUGAGACGGCUCUGGCUGCCUUCCUCUCCUACUGUCCUGGAAUGGACGUGGCCUUGCGGAUGUACCCCCUGAAGUUGAUGUGGUGGUUCUGUGGAAUCCCGUACAGCAUUCUCAUUUUCGUUUAUGAUGAGGUCCGUAAAUUCAUUCUGCGGAGAAGCCCAGGAGGUUGGGUGGAGCUGGAGACAUAUUAUUAACAUUCAGAAAAUGUCAGUUUGAAUUGAGCGUCUGUGCGUGUGUGCAUUUGUUUUUUUUUUUCCAAGCUUGCGAGCUGAGUGUGUGUCUGCCAGUUGCAAUAUUGCAUGGAUCAGUUCACAAAACUGAUUAUCAUAAAAUACUGCUGAAAAUAGACUUUUGAUUUCGCCUGGAGUUUUCUUUUUUCUUCUUUGUUUAAUUAGAAAACAUUUCCAGCAGAAGCAAAAGUCGUGUACCUCUCUGUGUCUUAUGUGAGCUAUCACCAAAGUGAUGUACGGUGGCCUGUUGGCCACCAACCUUGUUAUAUGUUUACAAAAUUAAAAUGUGCUUCAAAAUGAA